AUGCCAUCGCCAAAGCCCGUCCCGUCUAGGGCAACUCUCAAUGCCCUCCGCGGCGUCGUUCUCACCACCUCCUGUUCCGUCAUCGUCCUCGCCGAAGAACGAAGACGCCGACUUCAGAUGGCGCGAGCAGCCAUCGACAAUGCGCGGAAGCUGCAUACCGUCAGGAGCAACCGCGGCCCGAUCGCGCUGGCGGACGGUCUCGCUACCUGGGAGGCCAACUUCGCCGACGUGGGCGACGGCGUCAUGUCCAUGCCGUCCCUUCCACGCCCGAGGACGUCGACUCGCCGCCGUCGCCACGGCGCUCUGACAAACGCAUCCCCCCCCGAUGUCGAGAAAUCCAAGAAUGCUCGCGAUUUGCCGAAUGCACCUGCUCGCCAAUCGGUUUCAGCCAUGCCAACCAACUCCGAGCUGCAUUCGCUGCUCUCUGACAUGGUCAACCUGAAAUCCUUGUUCCAAUUCGACCAAUCGCAUCCGGAAACCAAACAUCACAAUGCAGGUUGGAAGACGUCGGCGAGAUUCACGAAAUCCGAACCCGUCGCUCUGGCCAAAUCAUCUCCGACCGACUUCGGCAUCGCUGCUCGACCAUCCGAUCCGAAAGCCCAUUCCAGCAACGUGCUAGAAUCCGUCACCAACCAUGACACGGCUCAGGUUCCAGAUGCUCUUGAGACCGCUCGCUCGUAUCUUGCCCGAUCGGUGCAAGGCGCCUCGACCUCACCGCCUCGACCUUUCCACAACGACGCGCUGGCCGCCCUGGAGGGCUUGGCUUAUCACCUCGAAACUCAUCUUGUCGAUGGGGCAAAAGUUUCUGAAGGAGUUGACAUGGCUACUGCCAUUUUUCAGAGACUGGCCUCUUUCGGAUCCUCCAUUCCUGACGUUGGAGGGCCGACAAGGUCCACGGCGCUGCAUCUGCUGAGGCUCACCCUCGAGGCCGAUGCGUCCAAAGCAACCGUGCUUCUGGAUGCGAUUCUUCCCAUGUGCAAGGAUCCGUCGAAGAUUGUAGUGCCCUUCCUCCGCUUCAUGCAAGAAAACGAGGCAAGCGAAUGCAUCAUGGCACAGCUGCUUGACCUUCUCUCCGGCCGACAACGCGCACCAUUUUGGAGGCAUGGUAUGCUUGUGCACAGAAUACUCAGAAGACACGGCAGCUCCUACGGCAGCUUUCAAGACACCAAGAAGCUGUACAAAGCCAUGCAAACCGCCGGCCUCUUUCAGCAUUUUGGCAUUUCGCAUGCCUCGCAAUACAACAUUCGGCGCAUGAUGGUUGCCGCGGCCGCCGAUCAAGGCGAUGACGUCUUCAUCGACCUCGAGAUGGCGGCCAUUCGACAGCUUGAACCGGAUGCCAGCCGCUUCGACAUGAAGUUGCAGAGCAAGCUGGUGGUCCGGGAUGCCGUCCUCGGGAAGUGGAACAGUGUCCAUGACCAGAUUCGGAGGCUCAUGACCGUGGUCGACGUAGCCUGCGUCGAGUUUCAGCGAAUGGUCACGAGAGUCACGGACGCCUUCGCGCAAGCACACGCGCCCGAUGAGCUGGAAAACUUCCUGCGCACCUUUAUGCGAGAAUACGGCAUCAAGCCGAGGCCUCGAUGGGUGUACCUUGUCCUUGACGGGCAUGCGGCUCGGCACCAGGUCGAUGCCGUUUUUUCGUGGCUGCAGGUGUGCAGCGACGGCGGCUUGUCCAUGGACGAAGCCUUCAUUCAGCGCUUCUACGGCCGGUGCCGCAAGUUUUGGAGCUUCUCCGACAAGAGCAUCGCCAAGCUGCAGAUGGCCUUGCCGUCAUUAGUGCCGGCGACAUCGCGUUCUGGGCCCAACAACGUCGACUCCUGCGGAGGUUCGAAUUUAACUAGCACGCGGCAGAGAAGGCGGAGGCACGGCGAGGGGAGCGCUGUCAACGAAGCUCACGCAAAGGGCCCCACGCCAUCCGACGACGGCUUGCGUUUGGCCGUCGUCGAGCAGCUGCGGUCCAAUGAUGGGCCGCAGAUAGACCGAGCCAUCGCUCUCGUUUGCGCGGCUGACAAAGGGGGGAUCGACGUCAGCGCAGCUCUGACGCCAUUGCUGCUGGCACGCCUCGAGAGGAGGGAGGAGCCUCGAAGGCUGAUCGACGACGCGCUGCGCAUGGGGGUCGAGAUCCACGACAGUGUGUACAACAAGGCGUCGCAGGCGUUGUCGGCGAGGGGCGACCUCGCCGCGGCGGUGGACAUGUGCACGCUCGCGGCGCGAGAAAACGGCGACGGACGGCUGUCGUACAACGAGUUCAACUUUGCCAACCUCGUCUUUGCCUACACCGGUUCGGGGCGCUACAAGCCCCUUCGGUCCCUCCUGUGCGACUUUACGUCGGAGGAGCGGUGGUGGCACGGCAGCCGCACGUGCAAGGAGAGCAUCAAGCUCGCCAUGAAAACAGCCGCGAUGCGAACGGUGGUGCGGACACGAGACAGGGCCUCGCACCGGCAGGCGCUGGACCAGUUGGACGCGGCUCUCGUCCACGUCAAGAGGUGCCGGUCCAACAACGAACACCGGCGAGCGGUGGCGGAAGGGUUCUUGCAAAUCAUGAGGGCUCCCUCGACGGCCGAGCUGCGAAGCGAUGCGGCUCGGGGCGAGGAUCACGGCAACAAGCGUCAACAUGUCGACGGGCGGUCGUCGGAACGUUUAGUGGCGCCGCCGGAGCCCGCCGGCCCUCUCAUCAUGGUGGCUGAGGGUUGA